CGAUCCUGAAGGAGGAUGAGCGAGAGGGCCGCGUGGAAUUGGAGCCUGGGCAGCUGGCUGCUGGCACUGUGCCUGGCCUGGCUGUGGACUCGGCCGGCCUUGGCUUCCUUAGAGCCUCCAACUACCGCAGUCCUGGUGAAGCAGGGAACCUGCGAGGUGAUCGCCGCUCACCGGUGCUGCAACCAGAACCGCAUCGAGGAGCGCUCCCAGACCGUCAAAUGCUCCUGCCUUUCGGGCCAGGUGGCCGGCACCACCCGGGCCAAGCCCUCCUGCGUGGACGCCUCCAUCGUCCUGCAAAGGUGGUGGUGUCAGAUGGAGCCCUGCCUGCCGGGAGAGGAGUGCAAGGUGCUCCCGGACCUGUCGGGGUGGAGCUGCAGCAGUGGACACAAAGUGAAAACCACCAAGGUAUCCCGGGCGGACGCUGCGUCCGCUGCUCCCUUGCCCUUUACCGUGGUGCAGAGAAGGGGGUCCCAGGAGCUCCAGGGUGAGAUAGCCAGCUGUGCCGAGUACGUGAAGAAGCGAGGAGGCGCUGCCGCCAAGCUUGGGACAUCGGCCACCGUGUUACAGGUCACCCGAUAA